UGUCCAAUGUAAGUGUUGAUAUUAUUGGGUUUAAACAUACACAAAAUAUCAUAAAAACUCAGUGAGCAAGUUAGUACAUACGGGUUUGUGAAUACCGACUUUGGGGGGCUUCUGAAACUGGAGACCCCGACGACAGCGGCACUCCGCCGCGCACUGCGGUGACACAAAACGAGCACCCUCUUCACCACAGCUCCAGGAAGUAACUGGAUACGAAGAUGCCACCUAAAAAGCGCAACGGUGGGCCAACACAGAGCAAAGAGCUGAAGAGAGCUGCAAGUGUCUCUCCAGACAAGAAGGACAGUCCACAGUUAGCUCUGAAAAAACACAGAGACAAGGAUGCUGAGUUUGUGACCCUGUGUAAGAGCCUUCAUGUGACUGACCUGGUGUGUGACCGGGCCUGGACGCUGUGGAAAACUGUUCAAGAGUCCAUGGAUGAAAUCUCUGACAGUCAGAAAAGGGUUUGGGGGGCUUGUCUGUUUGUGUCGGGGACAGAUAUGGACGUCGUCUGUUUCACCUUAACUCAGGUUCUGAAAGCAGUCAGUCUAAAUGUAAAGCAGUUUGCGGACCUGGUGAGGAAGCUGGAUGUGAACUUGGAUACCAUAAGCACCAAGGUGAAUUCAGCGCUGACACGACUGGAGAAGAAGUAUGAUGUGACGCUGGCACUCUAUCAGCGGUUUGAGAAAACAUGCAAGAAAAUCUUUGCUUUGGUUUCUGAUGACCAGGAGAGGGAGACCUUGCGGAGCUGCUGGACAAUGUUUAUUUUGGCCAAAGGAAGGGCCCUGCAGAUGGAGGAUGACCUGGUCAUAUCGUUCCAGUUGCUGCUUUGUACGCUGGAGCUGUUCAUCAAACGCUGCCCUCCAGACCUUCUGCAGCCUCUUUACAAAUCAGCUAUCAGCAAAGUUCAGAGCCCUCCGACACGAACAUCUCGCCGCAACCAGAGCAAAGCCAAAUCCCGACCUGUGGAGCCAGAGGUGGAUUUGCAGCUUCUCAAAACCUUGUGCAAAGAGAAUGAAUGCAACACAGAAGAGGUGAAGAAUGUAUACCAGACCAGUUUCUCUGUUUUCCUGGACUCACUGGAUCUUUCGAGAUCUCCAGAUUUUCCUCAGGCUAAUGAGCUCAACCAACAAUAUGAAGAGCACUACCUCAAGAGUAGAGACAUCGAUGGACGGCUGUUUUUUGACAGAGAUGAGACUGUUCUUGCGCCUAAAGUUGACAUAUCACAGGUGGAGAGAACGCCAAAGAAGAACCUGCCAGAUGAAGACGUACUCAUCCCCCCCCAGACUCCAGUCAGAGCUGCCAUGACCUCCAUUCAGCAGUUGAAGGGUGAUCUCACCUCCAGUGGGGAUCAGCCAUCUACUAAUCUGGCUACAUAUUUCAAAAAUUGCACCGUGGACCCGACGCAGGACGUGCUGAAGCGUUUGGAGACGCUCGGACAGGCGUUCAGCCAAAGGUUUGGUCAGGCAGUCGGCCAGCGCUGUGUAGUGCUCGGAUGGCAGAGAUUUAAACUCGGCAUCAGACUGUAUUACAAAGUCAUGGAGGCAAUGCUGAAAUCGGAGGAGAAGCGACUGUCUGUACAAAAUUUCAGUAAACUCCUCAAUGACUCCACUUUCCACACAUCACUGCUUGCCUGCGCUUUGGAGGUGGUGAUGGCGACGUAUGGAGAGAGCAGUUUUAAGACCGGAGGAUACAACCAUGGUGGUGGUGGUGAUGAUCAAGUUGAAACAGACGUGUGUUUCCCCUGGAUACUGGAUGUGGUCAACCUUACCGCCUUUGACUUCUACAAGGUCAUUGAGAGUUUCAUCAAGGCCGAGCCCACUCUGAGCAAAGACAUCGUCAAAUAUCUGGAGACCUGCGAGAACCUCAUCAUGGAGAGGAUUGCAUGGAGGACGGACUCCCCACUGUUUGAGCUUCUGAAACAGGAGCACGAGGGCGGAGCGGCAGAGCAGGUGGAGACCCCAGCCAGUUUCAGCCAACCCCUGCAACACAACCACACCGCAGCUGACCUAUACCUGUCCCCUGUGCGUCCGGGUCUUCGUGUCUUGCCUCCUGACUCCCCGGCCACACCCAGCUCUCAAGCUUCCUGUCAGCCUCCGACCCAGCCUGCUGGCCAGACUCCGCGACUCCCCAAGUCCAACUCUCUCAGCCUCUUCUAUAAAAAAUUGUACCGCCUGGCCUACACGAGGCUGAAGAUCCUCUGCUCCUACCUGCUGCUCUCCCACCCUGAACUGGAGCCCAUCAUAUGGACCCUGUUCCAGCACACUCUGCAGCAUGAGCACGAGCUGAUGAGAGAUCGUCACCUCGACCAGUUGAUGAUGUCAGCCAUGUACGCCAUAUGUAAAGUGAAGAGUGUUGAUCUGCGCUUCAAGACCAUCGUCACAGCGUACAAGAACAUGCCCAACACCAACCAGGAGACCUUUAAGCAUGUGUUGAUCACUGAGGGCCACUAUGACUCCAUCAUUAUCUUCUACAACCAAGUGUUCAUGCAGAAGCUGAAAACCAACAUCCUGCAGUAUGCGUCUACCAGGCCACCCACUCUCUCUCCAAUCCCACAAAUACCACGCAGCCCCUACAAGUUCCCCAACUCACCUUUACGUGUGCCUGGGAGCAACAACGUGUACAUCUCCCCUCUGAAAAGCCCACGCAUGUCCCCGGGUAUCAUGACUCCUCGCUCCAGAAUGCUGGUAUCAAUCGGCGAAUCUUUCGGGCUGUCCAAUCGGUUCCAGAAGAUCAACCAGAUGGUCAACAGCAGCGACCGCUCCCUUAAGAGGACUCUGGACCUCGGCUCCACUCCGAAGCCUCUGAAGAGGUUACGUUUUGAUGUGGACGGGCAAGAUGAAGCCGAUGGCAGCAAAUCUGGAGGAGAUUCUACACUGAUACAGAAGCUUGCAGAAAUGAGCUCCACUCGGAGUCGCAUGCAGGAGCAGAAGAUGAAGGAGGACGCCGAAUCAAGGAAGGAGUAACUACAAAACCUACUGAAUCGACCUGCACUGUUUAUCACAACGUGAACACUACUUUAUUUUGUUCACACACAAAGUGAAACAUGAGUUUCUCUGUACAUUUAGUGUUGGAUUUUAGUUUGUAUUUAACUUUGAGGAGUAAUCUGUGAAUAUAGAGGACUUUCUCCUCUUUUUUUGUUGAUGCUUUGAGUGUUUUAACUGAAUAAUGAUUGACGUCAUUGAAUUUCAUUUGAAUUUUGACUUGUUGAAGAUUUAGUAUGUUUGGUUUUAAGAGUGGAGUUGAUUUGUGGCUGUUAAAGAAAUCAUUGUUUUUGCUCUCAUUGAUGUUCUCCAUUGUCAAGAGCGUUGUUGAGAUACAUCUUGUAAAAAUAAUUUUUUGAGUUUUACCACCAUCAGGACCUUUUUCUUUUUGACAGUCUUUUCAAAUUUUGAUAUUUCAAAUGUUUCAAUCAUGAUGCAACAUUUCCGUUGUUAAAUCAUGAUCCCUCUCCUCAAAAGGAUGAGCUGUCAGCUUCAGAGGGAAAUCGAUGUGUCUUUCCACCCAGCAGCUUUACUUUUAAAGUGAUAUUUUACUCGGGAUUUUGCUUGGAAAUGUUUAGUUUGUGCUAUAAAGUGAGGACUAUAAAACAAAAAGAAAUAUCAAGGAAAAUUAUAUAGUGUAUAAUUUGCAUUCAACCAAAAUUCAUGUAGUUUUAUAGGAUUUGGUUGACGGGUAAUGUUUCUCUUUGCGUAUAGUUUUAUGGUAAAUUUUGUUUCACUUUUUGGUGGUAAAAAUAUACAUCAAACAUCAAAUGCACCUCCUAAUGUGUUUCAACUAGAGGACUAUUUUUCAUGUUUCAUUUUUAUAUACAUAAGUUGGUCAAUUGAAGUUUUUGGAACUGAUUAGAGGGUUCUGAGAAAUUGAAUGACCGCGAUGAAAACACACCACAUAGAGCAUUAAUAUGUGGACUUCACUCCAGAAAAGUAUACCAGGGUAAAACAUUGCUAGAAAUGUCAAUUACCAGUUUUUAAAUUAAAAUGUGUUUAUAUUGUACUUUAUUGAAGUAGUUCCUUGAAAAUGUAGUAAAUAUUUGUUUUUGAAAAUAUGA